UCGAUAUAUAUAAACUCAAUUCCCCAACAAGAUGGCGACAAUUUUAAACCCAUUAUUGACAUCAUCACGAAUCCCACAUCCUACCCCACCAUACACCUACCCCACCAAACACAUAUCGCGUCAAUGGCUGCUCAGAACCCCACUUCCGGAAAGGCUUGGCUCAUCACCGCCACCCAGGGCGGUCCCGAGGCGUUGAAGCAGGAGACCAGAGAUGUUCCUAAGGUCGAGGCCAACGACGUGUUGGUGAAGAUGAAGGCGGUGUCGCUCAACUACCGGGACUUGAUCAUCCCGCAGGGAAUGUACCCGUUCGCCGUUAACACUCCCGUCAUCGCCACAUCCGACGGUUCGGGCGAGGUUAUCGCCAUCGGCUCAAAGGUGACGGAGUUCAAGGUCGGCGACAUGGUAUCCAGCCUGUUCCACCAGGGCCACCAGUCGGGACUUCUGGACCCCCGGAGCAUCAAGACCGGACUCGGCGGAGCCCUCGACGGUUGUCUGCGGGAGUACGCUCUUUUCCCCGAGACGGCGCUUGUCCGUGCGCCGAGCAACUUGAGCUUCGAGGAGGCUGCUACCCUCCCCUGUGCCGCUGUGACCGCGUGGAACGCCCUCUACGGCAACGCCCGCCCGCUGAAGGCUGGAGACUCCGUUCUCGUCCAGGGAACCGGAGGUGUCAGUAUCUUCGCGUUGCAGUUCGCCAAAGCUGCCGGUGCAUUCGUUAUUGCCACCACAUCAUCCGACGCAAAGGCUGAGCGCCUGAAGGCUCUCGGCGCCGAUGUUGUCAUCAAUUACAAGACCGACGCUAAUUGGGGCGAGAUCGCCCGCAAGCUGUCUCCCCGUGGAGAGGGUGUUGACAUCGUCGUCGAAGUUGCUGGCGAGAUUACCCUCCCCCAAUCCUACGAGGCGGUCAAGAUCGAGGGCACCAUCGCGAUGAUCGGCUUCGUCGGCGGCGCCGGCAACGGCGGCUCCGCACUGGCACCAUUGACCCGCGUGUGCACGAUCCGCGGAGUGUACGUCGGCUCCAAGGCGCAGAUGAUCGACAUGAACAGCUGCAUUGAGGUCAACAAGAUCCAGCCUGUGAUCGACUCCGAGAUCUUCGACUUUGAGCACGUCAGGGAUGCGUACAAGUACAUGAUGGCGCAGAAGCACUUCGGCAAGGUUGUGAUUAGAAUCUAAGCGGCUGAUGCGUCGCGACGAAUGAUGAAUGUAAUUUAUAUUGGAAGGAGUCAUAUCGUACCCUACGUACAUACGUAACGAGACAGGAACGGUCAUUUGCAUGCU